CUUCCCUUUUUGUUUUCUUUCUUAUUGUUUGCUCUGAUGGUUUCUGGAAACCAUGAAACCGAAAGAAAUGCGAGUGCAACGAUGAUUGUUGGUGAAAAGGGUAGAAUAGGGGCCAUUGUAGAUGUGAGUUCCAGGAUUGGUAAGGAAGAGAUUUUAGCUAUGCACAUGGCUAUAGAGGAUUUUAACUCCUUGAGCAAUCAAAAUUUCAGUCUUGUCAUUAGAGAUACCAGAAAUGACCCCAAUCUGGCAGCUCUUGCAGCUAAAGAUCUCAUAAGUGUACAACGAGUUCAGGCUCUAAUAGGGCCACAAACUUGGGAAAUGGCAUCCGUAGUUGCUGAGGUUGGAAGUGAGAAUCAGAUUCCGGUACUAGCAUUAGCUAAUGAAAUACCAAAAUGGGCAACCGACAGGUCCAAAUUUUUGGUCCAGGCUUCUCCUUCUCAGUUAAAUCAAAUGAGGGCUAUAGCUGGUAUUGUCAGUUCAGGGGACUGGCAUCUAGUCAAUGUUAUAUAUGAAGAUAGUGAUUUCUCAACCACUGGAGUAUUUCUUUAUCUUGUACAUGCUCUCAAAGAUGUAGGAGCUGAAGUUAGUCAAUUUGUCGGUCUCUCACAGUUUCAUUCUGACUUAUUUUCUAAAGAUCUGGAAAAGCUAAGAAGAGGGUCAAGCAGAAUUUUUGUAGUUCAUAUGUCUUUCAAGUUGGCACUCCGUCUGUUUGAGAUAGCAAACGAGAUGGGAAUGAUGGGAAAGGACUAUGUAUGGAUCACCACUGAUUCUUUCACAAGCCUUGCACAUUCUUUCAAUGUUUCUAUCAACUCUUUACUACAAGGAGUUGUUGGAGUCAAGAGCUACAUCUCAGAAAGAAAUCCUCCAUAUCGUGAAUUUUAUCUUCGAUUUUGUCAAAGGUUUAGAUUAGAGCAUUUUGAUGAGCACAACAACGAGCCCGGUAUUUUUGCAGUGCAGGCAUAUGAUGCUGCAACGACAGCAGCUUUGGCAAUGAGUGAAAUCCAAGAAAAGGGUAAUGACUUAUUAGAUAAAAUAAAGCUCACUGACUUUCAAGGACUUGGUGGAAAGAUUCAGUUUAAGGAUAGAAAAUUAGCCCCAGCCGAUACUUUUCAGAUCAUCAAUGUGAUUGGGAGGAGUUAUAGGGACCUAGGCUUCUGGUCGGAUAAAUUUGGCUUCUCGCAAGAUUUGCGGCAAAAUUCAUCUUCUAGCUUGUUGAUGAAGAAACUUGACAACGUGUUUUGGCCAGGUGGAUCUUUGAAAACUCCAAGGGGAUGGGUAGUACCAACAGAAUCCGCCCCUUUGAGAAUUGGGGUGCCAACUAAUUCCAUGUUCAAACAGUAUGUACGUGUGGAAGAAGAUCCUACGGGAAACAAUUUAACCUUCAAUGGACUUGCAAUUGAUCUGUUUAAAGAAAUCUUAGACUACCUUCCGUUUGCUCCACAUGUCUUCUGUCCUUUCAACGACACUUAUAAUGAUUUAGUGAAAGAAAUCUACUUGAAGAAAUUUGAUGCAGCUAUAGGUGACAUAGCAAUAACCGCAGAACGCGUAGAAUACGCAGAAUUUACACAUCCCUACUCUGAAGCAGGACUGGUGAUGAUAGUUCCUACCCGGAAAGACACAAGUAACAAAGCAUUGUUGUUCACAAAGCCCUUUACAGUGACCUUGUGGAUUCUAAUUGCCGUGGUAACUGCCUACAAUGGCUUUGUCGUGUGGUUCAUAGAACGAAAUCACUGUCCUGAACACCAAGGUUCAAUGUUUGAUCAAGCUGGAGCCAUGCUUUGCUCAUCCUUCACCACUCUCUUCUCCUUGCAUGAAGGCAAUAGGCUGCAUAGUAACUUAUCACGAAUGGCUAUGGUGGCCUGGCUAUUUACGGCACUUGUGAUAACUCAGACAUACACUGCCAAUCUUGCUAGCAUGCUCACUGUUCAAAAGUUUGAAGCGUCGAUAUCAAAUAUCGAGACUCUCCAUAAAAUAAAUGCAUCCGUUGGAAAUGGCAGAGGAACCUUUGUCAAGACAUAUUUGGAAGAAGCUUUAGACUUUCCUGCUGAAAAUAUAAAAAGCUACACUACCCCGAACGACCUAGUUGACGCUCUCAGAAACAAGGAAAUAGCAGCUGCAUUUCUUGAAGUCCCUUUUGCAAAAUUAUUCCUUGCUAGAUUUUGCAAUGAAUUCAUGAUUUCUGGACCAACCUACGUUGUCGGAGGAUUUGGAUUUGCAUUUCCAAGAGGCUAUCCGCUGUUACGAGAUGUUGACAAAGCACUGCUUAAGGUAUCUGAAAGUGGGAAGUAUAAAAAGUUGGAGGAAAGCAUGAUUGCUAGUGAGAAAUGUGAGGAUAGGGAUGUAAAAGUUGAAAGUUCAAGCCUUAGCCCCAAUAGCUUCGUUUUACUAUUUGUAUUGAGUGGAGGAGUAUCAACAAUAGCAUUAACAUUGUACACUAUCAGUGCUUAUAAAUCUUAUCUUCAACAGAACGCUAUUUGGGGACUCAUGUUGGCUGUAAUUAAGCGCUGGAGAAAUCACAACAGGGGAUUUUCUGGACGAGUAAGCGACUUGCCACAAACUGAACCCAAGAACUUCCCAAAGGCUGUAGACCUGCAAAUUCAGGUCUAGAAAUUUGCAGAUUUGCAUAGAUGAUUAACAAAUUUGCAUAGAUAGAUGAUAUAUAUAGAAUUAUUUAUUUAUUUUUUUUUUUGAAAGGUUGUAGAAAUCAAUUUUGCACAUUCCAAUGAUAUGUUCUAAUAUCUUUGACAUUUAUGUUAAGUGACUGCUCAUUCUUUCUUCUUUUCCCUUGGAAUUUUAGUUUUUCAUUUGCUUAGAGAAUAAA